AUAACAAGCGAGAGGAGGCGGGGCUUCUCGCUUGUCAUAGACACGUGUACCCGGGAAGUAGGAAGUAAAUACAGAGCAGCGGAGGUGCCAGCGGAAGCAACUUUGGUACCAUGAUUGAAGGCUUCAGCCCCGUGACCCAGGCCCUGCUAGGGACUCUGUUCACCUGGGGACUGACUGCUGCUGGAGCCGCACUGGUGUUUGUCUUCUCCAGCCGACAGAAGCGAAUCUUGGAUGGAAGUUUAGGCUUUGCAGCUGGGGUGAUGUUGGCUGCUUCUUAUUGGUCACUGCUUGCGCCGGCUAUUGACAUGGCAGAGGAAUCUGGGAAAUAUGGCUCCUUCGCUUUUGUGCCUGUGGCUGUGGGAUUCACACUUGGGGCGGCUUUUGUUUAUUUCGCCGACGUGGUGAUGCUACAUCUGGGUGUAGGAGCCGACCCUCACACUGCCUUGGCUCUGAACCCCUCCGACUCCAAACUGUACAAAGAGAAAGACGAGCGGCCUUCGCUCCAGCUCCAGGAGUCGGACGAGAUGAGCGUCAGGAUAGGUAGAGCUGGGCCACACUCAGAUAAAAUGGAGAAUGGAGACGUCUACCAGAGGAGGAGAGGACAACCUGCGGGCAUCCUGGAUGGACAGGAAACGGAGAGUAAACAACAGGAAGGAGCUCAGAAGAUGGGAAGUAGCUGGCGACGCAUUCUCCUCCUCAUCCUUGCCAUCACUAUCCACAAUAUCCCAGAGGGCCUGGCUGUGGGAGUUGGAUUUGGAGCCAUUGGAAAGACUCCGUCUGCUACGUUUGAGAGCGCCAGAAAUUUGGCAAUCGGUAUCGGCAUCCAGAAUUUCCCAGAAGGCUUAGCAGUGAGCCUGCCACUCCGGGGUGCAGGGGUCUCGACAUGGACGUCCUUCUGGUACGGCCAAUUAAGCGGAAUGGUGGAGCCCAUCGCCGGGAUGUUGGGCGCCCUCGCCGUCGUCCUGGCAGAACCUCUGCUGCCGUACGCUCUGGCGUUCGCCGCCGGCGCGAUGGUCUACGUGGUCGUAGAUGACAUCAUCCCAGAAGCUCAGCUCAGUGGAAACGGUAAGCUGGCGUCGUGGACGUCCAUCGUGGGCUUCGUGGUGAUGAUGUCGUUGGACGUGGGCCUGGGCUGAGGUCACCAGAGCUCGUUUAAAAAAACAAAACAAAAGGGACCAAAUAACGUGUGUUUUACUUCUUACUGUUGCUGGAAUUGAAAAUUUGAAAUGCAGCAGUUUUGGUAAAACACGUCAGGACGACUGCACUUGAACUCUUGACCUUUCAUGUGUGGCGGAGAUGCUUUUUCAAAUGAGCUCAGGAUCGCAGAGCUACUCAAUGUUUUAUGAAACUUUUUUUUUAGUUUUUUGUUUGUUUCCUUUGGUUUUUAAUUUCCUCUUGAAGGUAAUACUUGAACUCUGGUGUUGGAUUUAGUUGAUUAUGGGACCUUAAAUGAAAUAUUUGAUUCUCUGUGAAAGCAGAGGCAGAUUAUGGUGUAAUGAAAUCAGAGACUUCAUCCAAACAUUGUGUUCUUGUUCUCACAUUUAUAUGCUUUACGUUCAGUUAAUAGUUACAAAAUUGACUUGUUUUCUUCCGCUAACAUUUGUUUCCAUUUUAACUCUUUCCUGCCACCUACAGGUUACUCUGUAGAAUCACAUUGUGUCUAAUUCUUGAAAGUAAAUGCUGAAUUACGUGUUAAGUUAUAUAAUUAAACAACCAAAUCAUCCUCAGGGGGCGGGGUUAUCUGACCGUUUUUGUAUUUCCAGGCAUUUAAAGGAUGCGUGUAGGAUUUAGUGGCAUCUAGUGGUGAGGGUGCAGAUUACGUCCAGCUGAAAACCCCCGACCCCCUUUUUUUGGACGCGGUCAGGUCAUGUUCUCCAGAAACAAUGUUUGUUUUGUCUUAUUUGUCAUCACAGUGGAACACGCUUCUCCGAAUAUCAAGCGCUAAUGGUAGCUAAUAAUGUAACAAUGCAAAACGGAUGAAAAUGUAAAAUAAAAAUUAAAGUUUUC